AUGGUUGAGGAAGCCAAGGUGUUAUGGGAUGAUUUGAAGUUACAAUUCUCGGCUGGGAAUGGACCGAGAGUUAGUGAAAUCCGAGCUGAUUUGGCGAACUGUCGGCAAGAUGACAAGGUCGAGGCUGUUGGCUUUGCUGUCUCCGCAGGAACUCCCAAUUACACGCCUCACUAUCAAGAGCGUGAGAAGGAUGUUACUUGCACUCAUUGUGGCAAGUAUGGGCAUGCGAUGGUUGAUUGUUUUCAGAUUAAGGGACAUCCGGACUGGUGGGGUGAGCGAGGAAGAAACAUGGCUGGCCGAGGUGGACGUGGAGGAAGAUUUGGUCGUGGUGGUGGAGCAGCUGGAGCUGGAGGUUUUGCUGGUCGUGGUCGCGGCACACCUUCUGGUGGUCGUGCCAAUGUAGUCCAAGUUGGACCAGUAGCAACAACAGCUGCAGCGAAUCUUACUUAG